CACAAUUUAGUUUUAAAAGCCUUCCGCUGGAGAGCGGGGCAUGUUAGCGACUUUUAGCACGAUCAGAGCUUAGCCGGCUCUGUAAAGGCUUUACCUUGUGUUGUAUAACUGGAUCAAGACAGUGCUGAGGCCCGAACGGCCACUUCCCGUGCCAUGGCGCCGGGAAUCUUAUUUUACCUCUUGGCUUCACUGGUCAUAACUAAGGCCAGCGAAGAUGCAGCUGCAACAAGAGCAUUAAUUCAAGCAGAGGCCCAAGAAGCUCGAGAGUAUGGCAAUUUUGGAGAUGACCAAAAAGAAAUCGUAGUUGACAUCGAAGAUGAAGAGAAAAAACAAUAUUAUGAAACUAACUAUGACACCAAUGCUUAUGGAUUUGGUUACGACGUGGGUCCAAACGGUCAGUUCCAUCAUGAGAACCGGGGGCCAGAUGGUGUCACAUACGGUUGUUACGGAUAUGUCGACCCCAACGGAUAUCUACGCGCUACGCACUACGUCGCUGACAGCCAGGGCUAUCGAGUUGUCGAACCCGAAAAACCAGUCGAAGUUUUCCCAGAUGAAAAGCACGAAUACGACGAAAAUUCUAUGGAACCGAACAAGAUACCUGGACAGGUUGUACCUUGGAAUAAGUUAUAUCUACCUAGUGGAUGUGGCAGAACACCUGGUGGCGUUCCUCCGAAGCCUCUACCGAAACCGAAACCAAAACCAAAACCACCUAGUCCGGCACCAGAUAGCGCUAGCCAAACCAGUAACCCGAAACCCGACGUAGUUUACCCCGGUCAAGGUGGCUAUUACCCUGCUUUUCCGGGUACACCAGGAAGCCCUGGUAGUCCUGGUACUCCAGGAACACCAGGUACACCAGGUAGUCCAGGUGGACCUGGAGGCCCAGGUGGUCAAGGUGGAUACUACCCAGGCUCUGGACAUGGUGGCCACUAUCCUGGUACCCCUGGCGCACCAGGCAGCCCUGGUUCUCCGGGUGGCCCAGGAGGUCUCGGUGGUCCCGGCGGUCCAGGAGGCCCUGGUUCUCAUGGCCCUGGCGGUGGAUACAUCCCUGGUCCAGUUGGACCUGGAGGACAAACUGAAUCUAACGGCCCCAACGGACCCAGUGGACCUGGUGGACAAGAAAACCAUGUAGGACAAGGCGGCUAUUACCCUGGUACACCUGGCAUUCCAGGUAACCCUGGAACUCCAGGUGGUCCUGGAGGGCCAGGAGGACCUGGAGGUCCUGGUGGCCCUGGUGGACCUGGCGCUCACGCUCCCGGAGGCGGAAACUACCCUGGUCAAGCUGGACCUGGUGGAGCCAAUGGAUCUAGCGGCCCCAACGGACCACAUGGACCUGGUGGACCAGGACACGGCGGUUACUACCCUGGCAGACCUGGCAUGCCAGGCAGUCCUGGAACUCCAGGUAGCCCUGGAGGGCCAGGAGGACCCGGAGGUCCUGGUGGCACUGGUGGACCUGGCGCUCACGGUCCCGGAGGCGGAAACUACCCUGGUCAAGCUGGACCUGGUGGAGCUAAUGGAUCUAGCGGCCCCAACGGACCACAUGGACCUGGUGGACCAGGACACGGCGGUUACUACCCUGGCAGACCUGGCAUGCCAGGCAGUCCUGGAACUCCAGGUAGCCCUGGAGGGCCAGGAGGACCCGGAGGUCCUGGUGGCCCUGGUGGACCUGGCGCUCACGGUCCCGGAGGCGGAAACUACCCUGGUCAAGGACAACCGGGACAGCAAGGUCAACCAGGCCAACCAGGCUAUCCAGGAUCAGGACAACCUACACAACCAGAAUACCCGGGACAACCUGGAAAGCCAGGUCAACCAGGUCAACCAGGUACACCAGGACAGCCAGGUCAACCAGGACAACCGGGUAAACCAGGACAACCAGGCCAACCAGGCUACCCCGGAGGACCAGGGCAGCCAACACAACCAGGAUACCCAGGACAACAUGGACAGCCAGGAUACCCGGCACAACCUGGAAAGCCAGGUCAACCAGGUCAACCAGGUACACCAGGACAGCCAGGUCAACCAGGACAACCGGGUAAACCAGGACAACCAGGCCAACCAGGCUACCCCGGAGGACCAGGGCAGCCAACACAACCAGGAUAUCCAGGACAACAUGGACAGCCAGGAUACCCAGGACAACCUGGACAGCCAGGUCAACCAGGACAACCAGGUACACCAGGACAGCCAGGUACACCUGGCCAACCGGGUAAACCAGGACAACCAGGCCAACCAGGCUACCCCGGAGGACCAGGGCAGCCAACACAACCAGGAUACCCAGGACAACAUGGUCAACCAGGAUACCCAGGACAACCUGGACAGCCAGGUCAACCAGGACAACCAGGUACACCAGGACAGCCAGGUACACCUGGCCAACCAGGAAAACCAGGCCAACCAGGCUACCCCGGAGGACCAGGACAGCCAACACAACCAGGAUACCCAGGACAACCAGGACAACCAGGAUACCCAGGACAACCUGGACAGCCAGGAUACCCAGGACAACCUGGACAGCCAGGUACACCAGGACAGCCAGGUACACCAGGACAGCCAGGUACACCUGGCCAACCAGGCUACCCCGGAGGACCAGGACAGCCAACACAACCAGGAUACCCAGGACAACCUGGACAGCCAGGUACACCAGGACAGCCAGGUACACCAGGACAGCCAGGUACACCAGGACAGCCAGGUACACCUGGCCAACCAGGAAAACCAGGCCAACCAGGCUACCCCGGAGGACCAGGACAGCCAACACAACCAGGAUACCCAGGACAACCUGGACAGCCAGGAUACCCAGGACAACCUGGACAGCCAGGUACACCAGGACAGCCAGGUACACCAGGACAGCCAGGUACACCAGGACAGCCAGGUACACCUGGCCAACCAGGAAAACCAGGCCAACCAGGCUACCCCGGAGGACCAGGACAGCCAACACAACCAGGAUACCCAGGACAACCUGGACAUCCAGGAUACCCAGGACAACCUGGACAGCCAGGUACACCAGGACAGCCAGGUACACCAGGACAGCCAGGUACACCUGGCCAACCAGGAAAACCAGGCCAACCAGGCUACCCCGGAGGACCAGGACAGCCAACACAACCAGGAUACCCAGGACAACCUGGACAGCCAGGAUACCCAGGACAACCUGGACAGCCAGGUACACCAGGACAGCCAGGUACACCAGGACAGCCAGGUACACCUGGCCAACCAGGAAAACCAGGCCAACCAGGCUACCCCGGAGGACCAGGACAGCCAACACAACCAGGAUACCCAGGACAACCUGGACAGCCAGGUACACCAGGACAGCCAGGUACACCAGGACAGCCAGGUACACCUGGCCAACCAGGCUACCCCGGAGGACCAGGACGGCCAACACAGCCAGGAUACCCAGGACAACCUGGACAGCCAGGAUACCCAGGACAACCUGGACAGCCAGGUACACCAGGACAGCCAGGUACACCAGGACAGCCAGGUACACCAGGACAGCCAGGUACACCAGGACAGCCAGGUACACCUGGCCAACCAGGCUACCCCGGAGGACCAGGACAGCCAACACAACCAGGAUACCCAGGACAACCUGGACAGCCAGGAUACCCAGGACAACCUGGACAGCCAGGAUACCCAGGACAACCUGGACAGCCAGGUACACCAGGACAGCCAGGUACACCUGGCCAACCAGGAAAACCAGGCCAACCAGGCUACCCCGGAGGACCAGGACAGCCAACACAACCAGGAUACCCAGGACAACCUGGACAUCCAGGAUACCCAGGACAACCUGGACAGCCAGGUACACCAGGACAGCCAGGUACACCAGGACAGCCAGGUACACCUGGCCAACCAGGAAAACCAGGCCAACCAGGCUACCCCGGAGGACCAGGACAGCCAACACAACCAGGAUACCCAGGACAACCUGGACAGCCAGGAUACCCAGGACAACCUGGACAGCCAGGUACACCAGGACAGCCAGGUACACCAGGACAGCCAGGUACACCUGGCCAACCAGGAAAACCAGGCCAACCAGGCUACCCCGGAGGACCAGGACAGCCAACACAACCAGGAUACCCAGGACAACCUGGACAGCCAGGAUACCCAGGACAACCUGGACAGCCAGGUACACCAGGACAGCCAGGUACACCAGGACAGCCAGGUACACCAGGACAGCCAGGUACACCUGGCCAACCAGGAAAACCAGGCCAACCAGGCUACCCCGGAGGACCAGGACAGCCAACACAACCAGGAUACCCAGGACAACCUGGACAUCCAGGAUACCCAGGACAACCUGGACAGCCAGGUACACCAGGACAGCCAGGUACACCAGGACAGCCAGGUACACCAGGACAGCCAGGUACACCUGGCCAACCAGGCUACCCCGGAGGACCAGGACAGCCAACACAACCAGGAUACCCAGGACAACCUGGACAGCCAGGUACACCAGGACAGCCAGGUCAACCAGGACAACCAGGUACACCAGGACAGCCAGGUACACCUGGCCAACCAGGAAAACCAGGCCAACCAGGCUACCCCGGAGGACCAGGACAGCCAACACAACCAGGAUACCCAGGACAACCUGGACAGCCAGGUACACCAGGACAGCCAGGUACACCUGGCCAACCAGGAAAACCAGGCCAACCAGGCUACCCUGGUGGAUCAGGGCAACCCACACAACCAGGACAACCUGGACAGCCAGGACAGAUUACUGAUCCAAAACCUGAUACAAACGGAGGUAAUGCUAUGGAACAACCUUCUGGAACUGGAGUACAACCUCCUGUCUAUCCCCCAUCAAGUCAAAUGCCACCAUUCCCGAUAUAUGUCAUACCUUACCCGUUGCCAAUCGUGCCAAGUCCUGGAUCGUGCCCUUGUUACCUUUUAAACCCGAGCAACAGUGGCCCAACUUCUGUCUCACAAUCUCAAAAUAAUCAAAAUAGCAACCAAGCUUAUACGCCAUAUGGAAUAAUAGGCUUUAUUCCUGUUGUUUUUGUACCUAAUUGUCCAGGAAAUAAUACUGAAAUGCAAACGGCGCAACAGAAUUUCCCAAAUGCAGUAUCAGUUCCAUACAAUUGUGCUCAAUGCCAAGCAAGCAGAGAUGUCUAUCGAUACUUUGGAAGAGUAAAUGGUGGGCGUAGUGUAGAUCUAAAUGAUUUAAAGGAAAUUAAAUCAUUAACAGAACUUGAAAAUCUAUUGAAAAAUGAAAUUAAACCACCCAGAAGGAGCCUCAAGAGAAUAGCAGUUCAUGCCAGAGUCCUCGAUGAAGUAACAAAUGACAAGAAGGUAAAAAAACUGGUGAAAAAUCACAAGUAAAUUACUUAUGAUUAGUAAGAUUUUAAAUAAUUUUAAAAGGAUUUUGAGGUCGUCCGACAAUAUCUUGGACGAUUUCAAAAUAUUUUAUAAAUUUAAUAUUUAUUUUCUGAUAAAUUCGGAAUAAAUAGAUGAUUAUAAAUUCAAUAUAUCAUCAUCAAAUAUGACCAGUAUGUAAUAUUUACAAAUGUAAUUUGUACUUGACUUGAAUAAAUAUAUUUUUGUAUUUUAUUUAUACUUACAAUUAAUACACAAUUACAAUUUGUGGCAAAUACAAGGUCAAUUGUUUAGAUUUAAGAGUUA